AGACCGGGCAAAAACUAAUACUACUCUAUUCCUAGGUGUUACAUUCUUCAUUUCGAUAAUAUUUGACUGAAUUGCUAUCUAGACAAACACACAGCAUGAACCAAUAACUAUAGCUGUGUAUAGAUUAAUUUUACAGAGGCAUUGUAUUGUGUUUUCUCUGUUAAUACUAAAUGGACGUUCUCUCAAUAAUAUAUACGUAUAUUAUUUAUUUGUAUUAUUAGAAUGACUGUUUGACCAUUGAUGAUCAAAUGUUCAAAGCGAAUUUUGAUUAAAUAAUACUGUUGCAGUAACAAAAAGUGAAAAUGCUAAAAACUGCAUAAAACGGAGUCGACAACAAAACGUAAAACUAUAAUAGUAACAUUUGUGAUAAAAGAUAUUGUGCAAAAACCUCUAAACUACUUACAUUGUUGUUUCCUGCUAAAAUGUAUAUACAUUUGUAGAAGGAAAUAAAUAACACAACUACUACUUAUACUAUAUUAGAAAAUAUAUUUAUUGUUAAUUGAAAAUUGUACGGAAAUUACCAUGGAAGCCAUUUCCAACUACUUUGAGAAGGGUCUAGUGCUGGUGAUUGCCGAUUUGCUUAGCCUGAUAACAGUGUCGUCUUGUUUGAUUAUUAAGGUGCCACAAAUCAAUACAAUACGAGCAAACAAGUCAUCGCAAGGUAUUAGCGUUCUUGGUCUCUGCCUCGAACUCUUCAGCUAUACCGUGAUGUUGUCUUACAACUACAGCCGGGGUUAUGACUUUCUAUCGUAUAUGGAGUACCCCAUACUAUUGCUACAAGAAUACGCGCUUAUCUACUAUACCUUUCUUUAUCAAAAUUUAUUGGGCGUGCGAACACAAAUAGUGGCGGUGUUUUAUGCUGUCGUGGCAACAUUGAUUUAUUUUAAAUUGUUCCCAAUAUUGAUACUUACGUUUCUUGUGCCAUUUUGUACACCAAUCGGUGCUACAAGUAAAGUUUUACAAUUAAUCGCAAUUCUACGCACAAAGGAUGCUAGUUCUGUCAGCCGCACUACAUGGGCUCUAUCAGCCUUCACCAAUUUGACUCGGAUCUACACCGUUUACGUGCAAUCAAGUGACAUAAUGUUACUAAGUAACUUUUUCAUAUCUACUUUCUUAAGUGGGUCAGUAUUUGUUGCUGCUUGCAUUUACAAGAAAAAAGGAAAAUCUGAGUAAGGAAUGCGACAGGAUUAAUUGCAUCUUUGUGUAUAUGCUUGGCAUAUCCAAAAACUGCAACUUUGCCUGCACUUGUGUGAAACGGAAUAAUUUUCACAUGUGAAUAAAAAAAGAGAGAACAGCUCAAAUUUAUAUUUAAAAUUAAAAUAAAUCAAUAAAGUGUGUGUUAACUAUUUUUAAUGAA